AAUGUGAGAGGAAUCUUCUGGUGAUGGAUACCCAAACUUUGCCCGAGGCCGAGGUGGCCGAGCUGGAGCUUGAGGCAGUGAUCGGCUUCAAUGGACAUGUACCCAACGGUCUGAAAUGUCAUCCCGACCAGGAGCAUCUGAUUUACCCUUUGGGCUGCACUGUCCUCAUUCAGUCAAUAAACACCAAUGAACAGAAUUUCCUACACGGCCAUGGUAACAACGUCUCCUGCGUGGCUGUCUCCAAGAGUGGGGUUUACCUGGCCUCUGGACAGGUCACCUUCAUGGGCUUUAAGGCAGACAUCAUUCUGUGGGAUUAUAAGAAAAGGGAGCUGGUUGCUCGGCUGUCCCUUCACAAGGGCAAAAUUGAAGCUCUGGCCUUUUCGCCAAACGACUUGUACUUGGUAUCACUGGGAGGCCCAGACGAUGGAAGUGUGGUGGUGUGGAGCAUAGCAAAGAGAGACGCCAUCUGCGGCAGCCCUGCAGCAGGCCUUAACGUGGGGAACGCCACCACCGUGAUCUUCUCUGAGUGCCAGGAUGAGAUGUUCGUCACUGCUGGAAAUGGGACAAUUCGAGUAUGGGAACUAGAUCUCCCAAAUAGAAAAAUCUGGCCAACGGAAUGCCAAACGGGACAGAUGAAACGGAUAGUGAUGAGCAUCACAAUGUCCGAAGACGAUAGCUUUUUCUACCUGGGCACCACAACUGGAGACAUUCUGAAAAUGAACCCCAGGACAAAACUGCUGACAGACACUGGCCCCUUAAAGGAGAAAUUCAGUUUGGGAGUAUCAGCUGUCAAAUGCCUGAAGAUGGGGGGUCUGUUAUUGGGUUCUGGAGCUGGAUUGCUGGUCUACUGUAAAAGCCCCAACUACAAAGCUAUCAAGAAAAUUCAGUUACAAGGUUGCAUCACCUCCAUCACUCUUCGAGGUGAAGGACACCAGUUUUUUGUCGGAACAGAAGAAUCACACAUUUAUCGAGUCAACUUCACAGAUUUCAAAGAGACGCUCAUUUCUACUUGCCACUCUGAAGCUGUCCAGGAUAUUGUCUUUCCAUUUGGCACUGCUGAGCUAUUUGCUACUUGCGCCAAGAAAGACAUCAGAGUGUGGCACACACUGUCUAACAGGGAGCUGCUGAGGAUCACUGUGCCCAACAUGACGUGCCACGGCAUUGAUAUAAUGAGAGAUGGGAAGAGCAUUGUUUCAGCGUGGGAUGAUGGCAGAAUCCGAGCCUUUACCCCAGAGACAGGCCAACUGAUGUAUAUCAUUAACAACGCUCACAGGAUUGGGGUGACCGCCAUCGCCACCACCAGCGACUGCAAAAGGGUCAUCAGUGGCGGCGGGGAAGGGGAGGUGAGGGUGUGGCGGAUAAGCUGCCAGACCCAGCAGCUGGAGGAGGCACUGAAGGGACACAAGUCCUCUGUAUCCUGCAUCAGGGUGAACAAGAACAAUGAGGAAUGUGUUACAGCCAGCACCGAUGGGACCUGCAUCAUUUGGGAUCUCAAGCAUCUUAAAAGGAACCAAAUGAUCCUGGCCAAUACCUUAUUCCAGUGUGUUUGUUAUCACCCUGAAGAAUUCCAGAUCAUUACCAGUGGGACAGACAGGAAGAUUGCUUACUGGGAAGUAUUUGAUGGAACAGUGAUCCGAGAGUUGGAAGGCUCUUUGUCUGGGUCAAUAAAUGGGAUGGAUAUCACAGUGGAAGGAGUGCACUUUGUAACAGGUGGAAAUGACCAUCUGGUCAAAAUUUGGGAUUAUAAUGAGGGUGAAGUAACUCAUGUUGGAGUGGGACACAGUGGCAACAUCACACGCAUCCGCGUAAGUCCAGGUAAUCGGCACAUCAUCAGUGUGAGUGCUGAUGGAGCCAUCCUGAGAUGGAAGUACCCCUAUACCUCAUGA